UGGGUGUAGCAGUCUAGCUAGAGAAAAUAGCUAGCAAUUUGGCUGCAGCAGCGGUUUAUGCAGGCUCGUGACGAUGGGAGAGAACGACAAUGUCAUAGCCAUCAAGAUAUUCUUCUCGGAGUCAGCGCCCUUGUUCUGCAAACUUGUACUGCAGAAAGUAGCGACGCGAGUCUAUGACAAAACCCAAGAUGCAUCGUGGAAGAUAGUUCUGUACGAGCAGUGGGUGGGGAACCCGGAGCGAGUCCUGGCAGGCAACAGCUACGUCCAAGAGACCAGGGCCAUCCGCAAUCCUGUUCCCAACAACAUCACUUUCAUUGAGGUCAUAGCAAACCAGAAAUGCAGCGAGUUCAGCAAGCCUGCAGUGGAUGCAGCCGUGGAUCAACUGAAGGAACUGUUCCCCCAUGAGUAAGUUUUGCUCACAGAGUAUGUUAUUUAUUUCCUGAGUAUUAUCUUGGAGUGUGGGGCUCUUCUGCAUGCAUUGAGGUUCCAAAACCAAAGAAGCCACUCCUUAGUCCUGUGAAAAUAACACAAUUGCUGGAGUGUUAAACUGCAAUACAUGGUCUCCUAGAAUAACCUCCCCUGAUUGCCCUGAAAAAUUAUCGUUAGCUAUAAUUAUUAGCUAUUUAUAAUUAUGCUUAUUUUACUUUCCCCAGCGUAC